CGUUUUAUUAUCACUCUUUACUGUUUGGCAAUAAACAUUUACGUACAGUUUACUGGGAUAACAAUUGCAGAACAAGCAAUAUUUUGUUUUCAAUUCUUGACGUCAAUGUGUACAUGACUACAUCAAUGGCAAUGGAACGUCCACGUGUCACUCAAGUGAAAGCUAUCCAAUUGGCAAAUGAAAUAUUUGGCCUUGAAGUUGACUUAAACUCGAAGAAGAGUGCUAAAGAACUAGACAGUUAUGAUGAUCGAAAUUUCUACCUUAGUGGCGUGAAAGAUGGCAAGCCAGAUGCUGGGAUCGCUUGCCCUGUGCCACAAAAGACCUUGGCUGGCAAUUAUCUAGAAGUACGCAAUUUACCAUCAACACCAAGUAACGAUCAAGCAAAAAGAAUAAAACUUGAUGAUAAUUUACGUCCUUGUAUUGUUUGUUUGUUCACCUUCUUACCUGGCAAGACAAUGCAGGAUUUCAAAAAGAAUGGUCACACAUUCAAAAAUCAAUUCUUCCUUCAGCUUGGUCAGGCUGUAGGUAAUGUUGCUAAUGCAUUAAAGCUGUUAUCUUUAAUAUAGCAUCCAGGAUGAAGAUACCAUGAAAUAAAGCAAGAGAUGACUUGUCAUGCAAAUUGCUGGAACAUUGAACUGAGAUAAUUGCCAUGUUAACUGAUAUUGUUGUUGGCUGGUGUUUUUA